AUGAUCUUUAUCGUGAUUUUUGUAUGUAAAGUUCUAGGAACGAGUGCGAUAUAGAAACCAAGAUGGCGGCGCCCAUGAUGAGGAAGGGGGCGGCGUUGCGUUGGUGUUUAGAGAGAAAUUGUGGACUGUCGAGAAGAUCGUCGGUAUUCUACAAGUUUAUAAGACGAUGUACAACCCAGGUGUCAAAUUCAGAGACUGUAGUGUCGUCCGAGCCGGAGAUUUCUUCAAACAUAGACAAUGAUGUCCCCAGACCAGGCGUGGAUCUGCGCAGAUUUUCGGAUAUCCAGGAGGAGCGAAGACAGGAGGCGUUACGGAGCGUGCUCGUCAGACACGUGGGGAAAGCUACAGAAGAUGAGCUCACCAAGUUCUGCUCUCACUUCGGGGAGGUGCAAAACUGUUUCACCUAUGGAAACCAGGAGCUGUACACCUUACUGGAGUACAAGUCUAGAGGUUCAGUCCACAGCCUACUGAACACCUCCCACUUCAGGUCCAUUCUGGAGAUCCUCCCCUACAGGUCACGCCUGCUGUGCUUCCGCACCAGUAACUGGAUGGACAACGCCAGUAGGAGACCCGGCAUGGGGGAGAUGACUGCAGAUCAGAAGUUCUCCAUCCUGGCAACCAAGCUGUGUGCAGCUCAGUCUAUGGAGGAACAGAUGCAAGUUUUAGUCCGAGAGACACAGCUAACGGAGGGCGAAACACGGCUGAGAUUCCUGGUCUGCUCUUUGGUGGAGGACGCCAUCACAGGCUACUUCCCAGGAUGCAUUGUGCACCCCUUUGGCUCCUCUGUCAACGGCUUUGGCAACAAGGGCUGUGACCUUGACAUGUACUUGAACCUGAACGUGGAGCAACACAGAACCAAGAAGAAGAAGUCUUUCCCGCGAAUGGAGUACGAAGUGAGGACUGUGCCUACGGAGAGAGCAGCGACCCAGAACCUCCUGUCCACGGUGGGACAGAGUCUGGCGGAGUUCGUACCCAGCUGUCGCCAACUGCAGUACAUCCUGCACGCUCGCUGUCCAUUGGUCAAGUUUAUGCACGAGGCAUCGGGCAUACAAUGUGACCUGACAUCUAACAACAGCAUUGCACUGAAGAGCAGCGAGCUACUCAACCUGUACUCCCGUAUCGACCCUCGGGUACGGCCGCUCGUAUACGCAGUCCGACACUGGGCACGUAUGCACCAUAUCACCAGUAGUAUGCCUGGAGGCUGGAUAACCAACUUCUCCCUGACAGCGCUGGUGAUAUUCUUCCUACAGUACACAGACAAGCCUGUGCUCCCUGCCAUUGAUGCACUGAAGGGGCUGGCUGAUAAGGCCGACACCUGUGUUCUGGAGGGAAAUGACUGCACACUUGUGAGUGAUCUGACCAAGGUGCAGCCGUCAGAAAACACAGACAGUACAGAUGAGCUUCUUCUGGAGUUCUUCGAAUUCUACAGCAAUUUCAACUUCAAGAACUGUGGGCUGAACCUACGUACAGGAGAGAUGCAGGAGAAAAAGAACUUUGAUGCCCUGUAUAUACAGAAUCCAUUCGAGCAGCAACUCAACCUAAGUAAAAACGUCAGCAUGCACCAGCUGGAAAAGUUCGUCCAGUUGUCCAGGGAGGCUGCCUGGAUGGCAGAACAGCCUGACUUCCUCCAACCUGAGGUUGGUUCAAAAGGGUGGAGUACCCCCUGGGGACUAGUGUCCAUUCUCUCUGGGCAUAACAGAAGGAAGAAAAGACUUAUGGACCAGAAGGAAUUCACUCCAAUCUUGACUCCAUCAAGUCAGGGAAUUCCAAAAGGAAUGUCGGACCGAGAAUACACCUCACAGAACCUGCCAAGUUCAAGUCUGUGCUCAAAUCUGCAAAGUCCAGGGCGGACAAAAGGACCAAAAAUGGAAACAGGAGAUAGUACUGCUGCAGGGUGUGAUCUGCUAUGGUGGAAGUGACUCAGUAUGGAACAAAUCCAUCCAGAUACAGAAAUUAGUAUGUGCAUAGCAGUCAUGUACAAAACUUUAUCAGCUGUAGUAAGCCUGGAUACCAUUCACUAUGGCUAAUGCGAGCUCAUUCUUAUUGCUUGCUUGAAAAGAAUUGUUCACAGCUUUUUGUUUCACAAACUUAUAUGCUUUCCUGUCUGCAGACUGUAACUUCUUUACAUGUUCACGUUCCUCAAGUAGUCUUGAAUAAACUUGAUGUAGGCUUCAUGGACAUUUGCAAAAGAGGAUGACUCCAUUAGCUGAAGAAGAUUAAAGAUAUUGGAGCUGUUUGUGUCGAACGCCAUCGCCAUCUUGAAUGCUGCUUGGUCAUCCAGAGAAGUGGCACAACAAAAUAUUAACGAUAUCAAACUAGUACUGAACAAACUCAAACACUUCUACAUGAUGGCUGGGUCUUCUUAGGAGUACGAACACAAAAUUCAGACACUAUAAACUCAAGACAGUAACAAUAAUCAAAACAUUUGAGGAGCGCUUAACAAACACAUCCAACACUCACUAGUCAUGUUCUGUAUGAUCAAUAAGCAACAGUGGAGGAUGGUACCCAGGCUAUGCUGCAGUGAUGUUUCACUGAAUUCAAAUAAUCCAUUCAUCAAAACUGACCAAAUGUAAGCUCAGAGAAUGGCACAUAUUUUUGGCUAUGGUAGCUCCACUCUUCUGAAAAGUACAUUUGUACAAAGAAAUGCAGAACCCAAAGUCGCUUACAUGCAGAGGGCAAUGCAAAAGACUAUUACUACAAAGUUAAACUGUAACAUGUAUGGUUAUGGUGUUGUCAGUUUAUUGUUCUGAAUGUGUAACGUUAUAGUAAAUGUUAAAUACAGAUGUAUCAUUGGUUAAAUUUGUCAUUUGUUAAAUCUUUCGUUUGUGUCUUUUUGGCUGCCAAGAAAUACACUGUUUUAAACCAAAUAUAACUAGCUUUUUCAUGAUGCAAACAUGGAGGAUCAGGAAUAAUAUACAAUGUAUGUUAUUGUGUUUUGAAAAUUGAUACUAGCACCACUCUUUAAAGCCCACUAGUACUGCUUCAUCCAACACUUCUAGCUUGGCAUUAACUUUGAUAUGAACUUUUUUUUCAUAUAUUGUAGGCAUAGUAGUUGCAGCUGGCAACAACAGAAGUCAUGUUUUCCUUAGUACAACCUCCUAUUAUAAUGAAAUUGAAUGCGAUUGAAAAGUCGCCAAAAUAUUUCUGUCUAUAAAAACAGUUUGUC